AUGUCGCAGUACCAAUGUUACCACACCACAGUCUGGAAGCGGGAACGAGCCGUCGAAAGCAAAGUCGAAUCUGGGGUUAUGGGUAUAAGGGCCGUCGGUGUGAUGCAAGUUUUGCUCAUCGUAGCCCUCGUUCGCGGCUUUUCGACGUCGUCCUCGGUUGCCGGUGCGCCGGUCCUUUCCGCGUCGCUUCUCCUUUCGCGUAACCCUCUCCUCACCCCCUCCCUGCACCCGUUCGAGAAGGCCUACUACGAGCGCAACUUCAAGAUCAGGCAUGCUCUUUCGAACCCUGUCCCGACCGACUUCUACUUCAAGUCGGGUUCGCUGUCUCUCCGUCGUUUCCAGGGAUCGGAGCACGAGAUGGAGCGUCAGUGGUACGGUGACAAGCUCGCUGGACCUGCGCCCAAGAUUGGUGAUGUGCCCCCCGAGCCUGCGCACGAUGACGUCCCGCGUGACCACUGGGCGAAGGAGGACGCCGCCCGGGGAGAGAAGAGCUUAGAGCGUCGUCCGGAGGAGGAAGUCUACCUUCUUGUUCAGAGCAAGGGCAAGUGGGCUUUCCCCGGACAGGACAUGAAGCAGGGCGAGGCGCUUGACGAGGCCAUCUCGCGUAUUACUGGAACGGAGGGAAGCCUUGACGGCAAGACCAUGGACACUUGGCUCGUCACCCGCAAGCCUAUCGGUGUUGUUCGUGAUGGUGACAAGCGCAACUUCUUCCUGCGCUCACACAUCCUUGCCGGCGAGCCUAAGCCUACUAAGGAGUCCGGUAUCAGCUCGUGGGCUUGGCUGAACGUCGAGGAGAUCGAGGACCGCCUGAGGAAACAGGGAGACGAGAAGCUGUGGGAUGGCGUGAAGGGCAUGCUGGGCGUUGCUGCCGAGGAGGAGCUGUAA